CGGCUGGGGCUGUCCAUGUCAAGUGGUGCCCACAGCGAGGAGGGCUCAGCUCACAUGUGGAAGGCUCUCACCUACUUCGCAGUGCUCCCUGGCAUGGAUGUGAGCAUGCUGAAUGUCUUCCUGAGGUCGCAUCACAGAGAGCAUGAGAGACCCGAGUUCAUCGCCUACCACCAUCUCCACAUCAGGUCCAAGCCCUUUCCCUGGGGAGAUGGUAAUCAUACUCUAUUCCAUAACUCUCACGUGAAUCCACUUCCAAUCGGCUAUGAAGAUGAAAAAAGAGAACCUGGACCACCACCCAGGGGGACUACAGCACUGGUUUAG